AGGUGAUAGUGACACCCGCUGCACGACUGAAACUACUUGGGCUUUCCAAUUCGUGUUGAAGAUUUCUGCUAUUUGACAUCUGUUAAUCCAAUCCUAAGUAAAUCAGGAUUGUGAGGUGAUGGGGAAGGACUCAAAGGCAAAAGACUCUGGAGGUAAGGGCAAGGGAAAGCAGACAGGGGGCGGAGGUGACGAGAACUCUUCAAAGAGCAAGGGGAAAGGUGGGAAGGCUGCAGAUGGGCUCGGUACCUGCACUUAUGUCAAAGCUAGGCAUAUUUUAUGUGAGAAGCAAGGGAAGAUUAAUGAAGCAUACAAGAAGCUUCAACAUGGUUGGCUGGAUAAUGGAGACAAGGUCCCACCUGCUGAGUUUGCAAAGUUAGCUGCUGAAUAUUCAGAAUGCCCAUCGGGGAAGAAGGGUGGUGACCUUGGAUGGUUUCCUCGAGGAAAGAUGGCAGGUCCAGUCCAAGAUGUUGCUUUCAGCACACAGAUUGGAGCUACCAGUGCACCAUUUAAAUCAACGCAUGGGUACCAUAUAAUCUUAUGUGAAGGAAGGAAGAACUGAUGGAAUCAGGAAUCCACUACAGUUCCAAUCAACUAUUAUCAAUGUGGCCAUGUUAAUGGUAUUUUUCAUCUCCGUAAUUAAUUUGACUGACAUUGUCCUACUAAUGAUUGGCAUAAUAUCGAAAGACAAGUUUGUUUCUGAGAACUAUUUCUGUAAAACACUCUAGGCAAAUGGUGACAUAUUAGAAGAUCUUUGUGGA